AUGGGUCCUCUCGCGACGCUUCUGCUGGCGCUGAUUAGCGUCUGCAGCUUCACACACGCUGCUGCUGUGGACUCCUUCUCCAUUGCUUCGCAUCGUGACUAUGCUGACAGCAAUAAUUUACCCCGAAAACGACAGAGUGGCAGCGUUCCAUCCGAGCUCGGCAAAACGCUCUACUGGUUCGCCAACUUCUCUGUUGGAGAUGCAGACUCCGUCCGUCUUCUCAUCGACACUGGGUCGACGGACCUGUUGAUGAAUGAGGGCGUGUACAAGCCAUCGAAGAACCAAAAGCCCUACAAAGGCCACAAGAACUUCACCAUCACCUACGAAGGCGUCAGCAGAGGUGGCUUCGGCUUUGAGACACUCAAUGGCACAACCAUGACCGACACCGUUUCCGCCGGUGGCCUGACCGUCAAACACCAAGCCAUGGGCAGCUUAACGGACUACAAGUACUACAACACGCCACCGAAACCGUACGCAAUGCAAGGCGACGGCAUCAUCGGCUUUGCUGGCGCACGCUCAAGUUCCUUCACCCCCGGAGCCAACUCGUGGUUCUGGAACCUCUGCAAAAACAAAGCCAUCUCGCAGUGCAAACUCGGCUUGCUGUUCGGCACAAGCGGCAAAGGCCAAACAGUCCUCGGCAAACGCGCCACCCACCACCUCAAAAACCCCCUUACCACCGUCCCGGACCUCGAAAACACCUACAUCGUCCGCGGCGACAUCACCCUCAACAACCACAUCGUACUACGCUCCCAAUACCUCAUCCUCGACUCCGGCACCGACAACAUCCAAGCCCCGCUCCCCGCCGCCCACCGCCUCUUCUCCCUCCUCAACCUCCACCCGCACACCGCCAGCGGCGCCAACCCCGUGCACCCCCACCACCCAGUCCGCGAGCUGACAGCUUUUUUCCCAUGCUCCCGCCCCCCGGUCCUCGGGUUCUCGUUCCCGCCGCACGCGGAGCUGAAACCGGGGCAAAAGGCGCGGGUGUUCAACGUCUUGCCGGAGGCCUGGGGGGUUUAUCCGCAUGGGGAGGAUAACUGCACGAGUAUUCUGGGCGGGACGAAUGCUUUGGAUGGGCUUCUGGGACGGGGGACGGGGGCGUGGUUGGUGGGGCAGAGUUUUUUCCAGGGGCAUUAUGUGGAGUUUGAUCUUGAGGGGGGGACGAUUGGGUUUGGAGAUCUGGUGGAUCCGGGGAUGGAGGGGUGUGCUUAG